AAAGGAAAAAUGUCACCGAGUACGAACCAAACUAGCGCAAAGGAGAAGCUUGCUGUGCGAUAAAGCAGGCACCUCCAAUUAGGUCCAAAUCCACACAUAACAGUCUCCUUCACGGCUGCUUCAUCACUGAUGGGCUUCCACACCUUCUCUUUCGUAUUCGUAUCUAUCUCUGUCCUGUUACUCUUGUUUUCUCUUCAGAGCUUGUAUUUCUACACUUGUUUAUUUUGCAUAAUAUAUGGUGGUCACAGAGAGUAAACCUAACUAUAACUACCAAAUCAUCUUUAUAUAUUCGUAGUGACAAAUAUAAGUAUGACACACUCGUCGAUCUCACCAAAUAGAAGCUCAAGAAUUAAGCGCACACACACACGCUAGCCUUCGUCUCUCGCUGCUGCCCAUCCAAAUUCCAAACUCCAAGUCUCCCUGCCAAAGGAUAGGACAGAUGGAGUCAGUAGCACGGUUGCUUCUCGUGGUGGCCGUGGUGGUGGCCGCGGCGGCCAGUGGUGGCGCCCUGGCCGCGACGGCGACGCCGCCGCACCACCUCAAGCUCAAGGGCGGCCUGCGGGUGCGCCUGACGCACGUCGACGCGCACGGCAACUACUCGAGGCUGCAGCUGCUGCAGCGGGCCGCGCGCCGGAGCCACCACCGCAUGUCGCGCCUCGUCGCGCGUGCCACCGGCGUGAAGGCCGUCGCCGGGGGAGGGGACCUUCAGGUGCCCGUCCACGCGGGGAACGGCGAGUUCCUGAUGGACGUGGCGAUCGGCACCCCGGCGCUGUCGUACGCGGCGAUCGUGGACACCGGCAGCGACCUGGUGUGGACGCAGUGCAAGCCGUGCGUGGACUGCUUCAAGCAGAGCACGCCGGUGUUCGACCCGUCGUCGUCCUCCACCUACGCCACCGUGCCGUGCUCCAGCGCCCUGUGCAGCGACCUGCCCACCUCCACCUGCACGUCGGCGUCCAAGUGCGGCUACACCUACACCUACGGCGACGCGUCGUCGACGCAGGGCGUGCUGGCGAGCGAGACCUUCACGCUGGGGAAGGAGAAGAAGAAGCUCCCCGGCGUGGCGUUCGGGUGCGGCGACACGAACGAGGGCGACGGGUUCACGCAGGGCGCCGGGCUCGUGGGGCUCGGCCGCGGCCCGCUCUCGCUCGUCUCCCAGCUCGGCCUCGACAAGUUCUCCUACUGCCUCACCUCGCUCGACGACGGCGACGGCAAGAGCCCGCUGCUGCUGGGCGGCUCCGCGGCGGCCAUCUCGGAGAGCGCGGCGACGGCGCCCGUGCAGACCACCCCGCUGGUGAAGAACCCGAGCCAGCCGUCCUUCUACUACGUGUCCCUGACGGGGCUCACCGUGGGGUCCACGCGCAUCACGCUCCCGGCCUCGGCGUUCGCGAUCCAGGACGACGGCACGGGCGGCGUCAUCGUCGACUCCGGUACCUCCAUCACGUACCUGGAGCUGCAGGGCUACCGCGCGCUGAAAAAGGCGUUCGUGGCCCAGAUGGCGCUGCCCACCGUGGACGGCUCCGAGAUCGGGCUGGACCUGUGCUUCCAGGGCCCCGCCAAGGGAGUGGACGAGGUGCAGGUGCCCAAGCUGGUGCUCCACUUCGACGGCGGCGCCGACCUCGACCUCCCCGCCGAGAACUACAUGGUGCUCGACUCCGCCUCCGGCGCGCUCUGCCUCACGGUGGCGCCGUCGAGGGGGCUCUCCAUCAUCGGCAACUUCCAGCAGCAGAACUUCCAGUUCGUGUACGACGUCGCCGGCGACACGCUCUCGUUCGCGCCCGUGCAGUGCAACAAGUUGUGAUGAUCAUCAUCACUCGUGUAGUAGGCGAUUGUGUAUUGGAUUGGUCGUCUUCAUGUGACGACGCCCGGCCGGGUGGUUACUGGUCAGUGAUCAAUAUAUUGACGUGUAGACGGAGACCUAUUUGGUCCAUGUCCUGGCUUGCGAAUGAAAUCCCUGCGUUCUCACUUCUCAGGCGUUCAGCAGCGUUUAGAAUUACAACUGGCGAAGAAGGAGAGGUAGUGUUCUCUCUUCUCUGCCUGCUUUGGUUUCUUGUACCAGGCUACAUAUCACUCUCGGAGCUUUACCGCUUCUGAGAUCGAUUGAUCUUCUGGGAGACGUAUCGGACCCUGAUAUGACUCUCAACUGCUU